AUCGUAGAAACUGUUAUACAGUCACAGAACCAGGAAAAUUCAUUUGAUAUGAAGUUCUUCACCGAAUUGGCUUUAUGUUGGGGUGGAGCCAUAGUGAGUCCGGCGGCGGAGAUCACCAUUAGUGGGCAGCGGGAGGAGGAGCACUGUCCAAGGAAUUGCAGCCAUGAACAUGCAACAAGUGGAGUAAGGAAAAACAAGCCCUCCAAGCAUUGGAAACCCAAUCUUCUUGCAAUUUCUGAAGACCAUCCAAUUUCUAAUCUAAUCCAACAGACGGUCAGAUCUGAUCAUAAUAAACAACCCCGUGAAGUCAAACCUAAAUCUAAUACUAAGGUUGUACCACCACCAAGUCACCCUCACAACUACUGGAAAACGUCCCAUCUUAUGGCCCUCUCCGCGUUCUCGCCGACACCGUUUAUGAUCUGAGUUUGGUUUGGAGGGCUUGGACAUCCCUUUUUCUUUUUCCUUUUUUCUAAUUAACAUUUUAGCGAAAGUAAAUAUUGUCGUUAAUGCAAGAUUUUUCCAUCCAUGAUUAUUUGUGCAGCUGUGAAUUCUGUAAAUUCACUUUACGAUUUAUUUUUGUCCGAAUUAUUUUUGUCUUUGCAACUUUAGAAAUCUUGUUCUAAUUU